GAUUAUGGAUUACCAUCCAUUAGCAUCUGCUCAGAAGGAGAUCAUGGAGAAACGGCUACGGAAAUCAGCCGCUUCUCAUAAGAAUAUAUCUCCUCAGACUAGGGGUCCUGAGAGUGAGAUUCAGGUUAGAGUACAAGUACAUAACGAGGAUCGAAAUUUGAGAGAUAUGGUGAAGAAUAUUAAGAAGAGAGUUCGUAAAGGAAAGCAAAGUAAAAUGUUUUUCUCAAAAAGCAGAAUGCUCAGGGAGCUUUGUAACAGUCCUCUUAAUCUUCCUCCUCUCGAAUACAACCCAGAUAGUUUUCUAAAAUAGCCCUAUUAACAAAAGUGGAAACUUCGAUACAUGAAACAACAGUAAUAUGGGGAAAACUUCAGUCGGGUUUAAAAUUGACAAUACAGUCAGUAGUGAUGCCAAGACAAGAUAUAGGUUUGGGAUGUUCACUCCUACACCAGAAGUCACAAGAGCUGUAAUGCAAAGUAAUAAGAAGCAAUCUAAGAGGAAAAUAGAGCUUGAUAAAUCUAUCAAACAGUUAGAAACUAAAUAAGACAAAGCUCAUGGAGGAGAUCUAUAGUCUUCACAAACGCUAUGAGAGACAGCUCAAGUUGAACAAGGAUCUUGAAGCAUCUUUGUUGAAACAGAACACUAAUUCCUCAGACGCCAGUCCUAUCCGAAAGAGUCCUAAAAAUAGAGACAUGGUUGGGCCUGAUCUUAGCGUUUACCAAAGCCCAAAGGCGAAAUCACGUGCUAAAAUGAGUGAUACAAUGCUGAAUUUUAAAUAAGUUACGACCAAAUGCUGACCUAGUCCGGUCUCAGACUCGUGUUCAGCUCGCAAAUACUUAUGAAGACCUGCUAAUGUCUAAAGAUUGGCGAUUGAAAUUGGUGAAGGCCAAGAAUCUAAUCCGCAAGAAUAAGAGCACAUCACGCUCCAAUAUUACUCCUCGUUCUGACAACCUCAGAUUGUCAAAAUUUGAAAUAAUGGAGAUGUACGAGAAGGUAAAACUUGAACGGGAUGAUCUCAAAAAGCGUCUUGACCAAGUCAUGGCAGAUGAAUAUCAAAUUCCAAAGAAAAGCACUGAGCAAAGGUGCAAGAAGGAGAAGUCAAAGACCAAGGUAAGUAAGGCAAGGCCCAAAACAUUGAUGCCUAAUAAAAAGAAAAUGAAGAUUGAGAGAUCUAAAACUGGGUAUAAACGGAUAGAGAUUGAAGAUGUGCCCAUAUCAAAAGUUAAACAUGCGAUGUUAGAGCUCACAGAGCAAAUAGCAAACCUUGAUACAAAAGAAAUGAAUCGGUUCAAAAUUAUCCUUGAUCUCAUUAAUGAACAGAGAGCUGAAGUAGAGUUUGCUUUGGCAAGAAUACUUGGUUGGAACUUUUUCUCAGAGAUACAACAAUUAAAGGAAACCCAUAAAUCACAAAUUUUUAUUCUAAACAAGCAAAUCCUUGGUUUGAAAGAAAAGUUAAUGGAUAUGAACUCCAAGGUAUUUAAAGCAGACUUUCAUAUUUCAAUAAGUUCUGAAAACAAGUCAUCUCUAAAUGAUGAUCCUGUUAGUGGGUUUCAUCCCAUUGUUACAGGAAGAAGAAGUAUGACUCCUCGGAUCAACAUUACUAAGAAUAAGUCUUCUAAAUUACUCUCAAUUAAGUCCAGAUUUAAGCCAAAUUGCCUUUAGAUUUGCAUCAUGCCUGUUACAGGAAUUAUAUUGAUGCUGUAAAAAUGAUCAUAAAUACCCUUUAAUAAAAAAACUCUAAAAAAUCUAAAAUUUUCA